GCAGAGUUCCCCUUAUUUUUCCUUGGCUUUUGGCAUGCGGAAAAUCGCACUAAAGGCGAGCCUUUUUCUAUGAGUGUACAUCACCUUUUUCCGCACUCCACCACGCAAGUUUCACAUUGUUGGCACCACUUUAAACCCGGCGCUAUGCCAACAGUUCCAUUUGGGGUUUUUGCCAGACCGGAUCGCGCUGCAUUCACACCUAUUUGUCCGCCACCUGCGCGAGUCCUGCGACUCUGAGCCGAGUGUAGUUCUCUCAUUCAGUGACUCCAAUUCAUGGACAUCAAAUGACACAGGACAGUCGAAAGUGAUGACAGUGAGAGCGAAAAUGGUGAUGAUAAAAUUUGAGUAUUGCGUGAUUUAUCUCAACUUAGUGAUGUCGCUGAAAAUUUCACCUGUGUGAUAGAAGAGACAGUGUUGUAAUUUGUAGUAUCAACGUGUGUCGGAGACACUUUUCACAGACGGUGGAAUUUAUUUUCAUAUAUACCGAAAAGAGAGCUGCGCUAACUGAAAAAACCCAUCAAAUUGAUUCAGACAACAAGGCGAUAUGAUGGACAGAAUACCAUCGCUGUCUCUCCCGGGCCUCUCUCUGCCCCAUCCCCUGUCCAUUCCCACCACGCAGACCAUCGCGAAUCACUCAACGCUCAACACACUGAAUCUGCACACCGCCCAGAACCUGCACGCCACCUCCACGGCUUCGCUGCACCACCACCAGACUCAGACGCAGACUGCCGGCAAUCUGCACCAGAACAUCGGCGGCAUGAUGAACAACUCCGGAAGCACGAAUUUCUUCUGCAGUCUCAUGGGUCAGAAUAGCGCCAAGCGCACCACGGAGGAGCACAUAAAGCGCCCCAUGAACGCGUUCAUGGUGUGGUCUAGGCUGCAGCGUCGCAAGAUCGCCCAGGACAAUCCCAAGAUGCACAACUCGGAGAUCUCCAAGCGACUGGGUGCCGAAUGGAAAUUGUUGAGUGAAGAUGAGAAGCGUCCAUUCAUCGAUGAAGCAAAGCGCUUGCGUGCUAUGCAUAUGAAGGAACAUCCAGACUACAAGUAUCGACCGAGGAGAAAACCAAAAGCCCUGAGACGCGAUGGUUAUCCAUAUCCAAUGCCGUAUCCUUCUGUUCCCGUGGAGGCUCUGCGAGCAGGAAUCACACCAGGAUACUUCGCUCCUGGCCCUCCCUAUCACUUGGGCAGUCAUCUCUCGCAAGCGAGUCCUCCGACAACACAGGCCUCUUUGCCGACUCAGAUGGAUGUAUCGAAGUUUGCCCUGGACAGGUCCGCGUACCUCAAUUCGGCCGCCAGCUCGCUCUACGACACAUCGAAGGCCCCGACAAGCGCUUACAGCGCCUACCUCGAUCCGUCCGUCCUCACGAAGGCCUACUUCGACUCUAAGAUGUACCAGGAUCGAGCGGCUAACUAUGCCUUCGACAUCAGCAAGAUCUACGGACAGCAGCAGCUCCAGCAGCCGACAAACGGCAUGACAUCGAACAACAACAACCUGGAGGAGCGCGAAUCGACGCCCCAGCUAGGCGAGCUAGGCGACAAGGGCCCACUGGGCGGCGGUCAGGACAGCCAGAUGGAAUCCUCGAGUGGCUCCACAUAUCCCUCCAGCGGAUACCAAUAUCCUCCGGGGGGAGACUUUCGGAGGCCGCUGACUGUGAUUUUCUGACCAGACAAGGACUAAAGGCGCCGCGCGGCCUACGCCCCACACCUAGGCCUCGCCCUAGACACACCCUCUGUCCUACAGAUCUUUCCUUUCGCCCACUUUGUAAAUAAAUAUAAAUCAUAGGGAAUACAGUAGACGCUAGAGACGUAAAUUAAACGCAAACCUAUCGAUAGCAUAAUUUCUCUGUAUGAAGAAAAAAAAAGAUGGAAUAAAGAGACAAAAAAAAAUUAUACUUAAUCAGGAAAUGGAUAAAUUGGAUUAAAACAUACUGAUGUAAAAUUAUGCAUAUUGAUGUAAUUUCUGUCGUUAAACUUAAACCAUAGAGAGUGUAAAUUAUUGGGAAAAAUAAACAAAAAUCUAUCGAGUGGAAAAUUUCACGAGAAAAAUUAUUGAAUAAACACAUGAGAUAC